CUUCAUCUUUUAAUAGUAAUACAUUUAGAUUCAAAAGUCAAACUUUUCGCUCAAGUACCUUUGAAAAUACCAUACAACGGCAUCACAGGUGGGUACGCCCCAUUAUAAGACCUCUUCGAGCAUUAUUAUCAGGCAAAUAUAUCCAAAGUAAGCUCAAAGCAGAACUCCCAGAAUCAAUAGUCUCUAUCAUCCCCUUCAAAGACAUCCAACCACGAUGAACGGCAAACCAGAAGACGAAUCACAACCCCAAUACCCCACCUUGCUCUCCCCCACCACAAAAGAUACAGCCCAUGGUCAGCCACCAUCAUCCUCAGUGUUAAUCUCAGCACCAAACACCGAAGGAAAACAACCUCCUCAAACUGGAUCGUCAUCUUUGUCUCCUAGUGCCGAAAAAUGGGGGACUCACAUUAUGGGAGCACCUGCUGUGCCCACAUGCCAUCCAAAUAAUCAGAAGGCAGCCCUAUGGAGUGUCGAUGAUCAACACCAGUUUCAAUACCACCAUUACCCCUACCUCCAAUAUACCCCCAUUGAAAAGCCAAGCAGCAGUCCUAUGGCAUCCGUUCUUCAAAAGUUCAACACAUGGAGCAGUAAGGCAGAAGCCUCAGCCAACAAUAUCUGGCACAACCUCAAACAAGGAUCAUCUGUGCGUGGAGUUGCAUGGGCGAAGGUGAACCUGACAGCCAAAGCAAUCACCGGAGGCGGCUUCGAAUCACUGUACAAGCAGACAUUUACGACCUUCCCGAACGAAAACCUAAAGAAAUCAUUUGCCUGCUAUCUGUCUACAUCAACUGGACCAGUAGCCGGAACUCUCUAUUUGUCAAAUGUUCAUGCAGCUUUCUGCAGCGACCGCCCCUUAUCGUUCACUGCACCCUCUGGCCAGGAGACUUGGAGCUAUUACAAGGUUAUGGUACCUUUGGGAAAUAUCUGCACCAUCAACCCCGUAAUCAUGAGAGAAAAUCCUCCAGAAAAAUACAUCCAGAUUGUCACAAUCGAUGGCCAUGAUUUCUGGUUCAUGGGUUUUGUUAAUUAUGAGAAAGCAUCUCACCAUCUAUUUGAAAGUCUUUCCGGUUUCGAAGCAUCCGGAAUACCAGUACCACCAGUUGCAUAACACAGCUAUAUCAUCUGAUAGUGAAUUUCCCAUGUUUAUUUAAGUUUCUCUCAGAUUUAGUUUAUCCUUGCCAUGAGAGGUCAUCUUUUGUUUCAGAUUUCUUUUCUUGUUCAAAUUUUUGUCAUUUAUGUAAAUAUAAGAGUGUG